AUGAGCAAGACAUUUUUUGCUGGAAUCAAUGACUCAGAGCAAGUAUUUUAGUGAAACUAUCUUAGUGAAAACAGCUUAUUGUUGGUAAAGCUUGAAACGUUGCGCUUGGACGAGUUUGGCCUUAGAAACAACUAACCAAGGCAAACGGAAUCACAUUAGAACCGACCGGCUAGCGCCAUUGAAAAAAAUUGUUUUCAUUUUAAUCUUAGUCAAAUGAACAGUUUCUUGAAGUACUUAAAAUGGAUGCUUGUUCUUCUUGUCAUAACAACUUUUAUUACAAUAUUGUUUGUUUACGAGGCUGCAAGAGAACAAGUCUUUUACCUCGCAGAGAAACUCGACUUGGUGAAGCCAUCUUGGAUGUCGUGGAUGGCGCCUUUGAGCAAUGUUACAGGUGGUUAUAAAAUCAUACUAUUCUAUACUCCGUACUUCAGAAGUAUGCCAUGGCCUCAGGCUAGAGGCAAGGAAAAGCGACUGACGGAUCCUUACGGUAGAAAAUGUAAAGUAUCUUCUUGCUAUGUUACCUAUUCAAGGCAAGACUUCUCAAAAAGUAAUGCUGUAGUUUUCCACACUUCUGCCAUGCCUAGUUUGUCAAGAAUGGAGUCAUUGUUGUGGAAGAAAACCAAAGGACAGAAAUGGGUUUGGUAUGGGCAAGAGAAUCCAGAGAACAUGCCUUUUUCAGCAAAAACGUAUAGCAAUAUGUUUGAUUGGACUAUCACGUAUCGUACAGAUUCAAACGUACUCGAUCGUUACGGAUAUUACGUCCCUAUUACGAGCAAUAAAGAUGAGUUUACUAAGAAGAACUUUAUUGCAGGAAAAGAUCGAUUGAUUCUGUGGUUGGCCAGUAAUUGUGUGUCCUUUAGACUGAGUGUCGUCAAAGAAAUCUCCAAGUACCUCCACGUUGAUGUUUAUGGCAAAUGUCAACGCUAUUUCGAUCACCAACCCAAAGGCAGCUGUACUCGAGGCAGUGGAGACUGCGACAAGAUGGCUAGAAGGUACAAGUUUUACUUGGCUUUGGAAAAUUUUAAUUGCAGGGACUAUGUAACCGAAAAGUAUUGGAGGAAUGCUUUAGCCCACGAGGUUGUUCCAGUUUUGGUAGCAGGAAGUUACAGCAAAGACGUCUUAAUUCCUGGUUCGUACAUAGACAUUCUGGACUUCCCAAACGCCAAGUCGUUAGCCAGUUACCUCAAGUAUCUAGAUUCCAACGACACUGCCUAUAACAGAUACUUCGAGUGGAAGAAAAAUUAUACAUCCGUCACGACGACCAAUUGGUUGUGUGAUUUGUGCGAAUUAUUACACAGAAAUGAUUCUGAUCAAGAGAAAGAACCCUUGGAUAUGGGUACAUUUUGGGGCACCGGAAACUGUCACGCUGACGAUGCGUACAUCAGGAAUGUCUGGCUGAAAUCAGAUGCACGAGGCAGAGACUCAUUGGGACUGUGUUGUUUAUCAUUUCUUUAUUCAAUCUUGCUACUGGGUUUUCAUGUUAUAGAAGCUUGAAUAUCAGACAUGGCUUUAAGAAGCCUGUAAUCAACUUUUGCCUUCCUACCGCUACCCCACUAUUUCCCACUAUUUUAUCGGUAAAUAUUGUUAAUAAAUUCCCCAAAUUUGAAAAGAAAUACAAAAAAUAAUAGACGACUUGCACUAACAGGUCACGUGACCCCUCCCCCUUAAAACGAGAAAAUGAGUCAAAAUGAACUCCAGAAAUGAAAAGAGCAACUCAACUAUAGUAAAACGGCGAAGUUUCAGCUUGAA